AUGUGGAGGGGGUGGAGGUGGGGAGGAGGGGGAAGACGUGGAAGAAGUGGAGGAGGGGGUGGAGGCGGAGGUGGGGAGGAGGGGGAAAAGGUGGUGGAGGACGUGGAGGAGGUGGAAGCGGUGGUGGAGGACGUGGAGGAGGUGAAGGUGGAGGUGGAAGAAGUGGAGGAGGUGGAGGUUGUGGAGGAGGGUUUGGAGGAGGUGGUGGAGGAGGAGGUCGAACUAGAGGAAGAAGUGGAGGAGGUGGAGUUGGUGGAGGAGGAGGUGGAGGAGGUGAAGGAGGAGGAGGUGGGACUGGUGCUGCACUACUCGUCCCUGUCCACCAUGUUGUGGCUCGGCGUCACGGCUCGAAACAUCUACGCGCAGGUGACGAAGAAGCCGCCCUCGAUCCAAGACGGCGACCCUCCUCCUCCCCCUCCGUCCCCCCUACGACAGCCCCUGCUCCGCUUCACUUGCCGGGCCUUCUCUCCUUUCGCAGUCUGUCCUCUGUCCUCUGUCUUCCCCACACACACCAAACAGAAAGAAAGAAAUUCAAUUACAAUCAGGAUGUUUGUCUGGGAGGGUGGCGGGCUGUCAGAGCUACCUCCAGGGAAGAGGCUCCAGCAGAAAGCCAUUUGCACACACGUCACGCAGAUGAGGGUAAAUGACGGGGACGGGAGCGUGUUUGGCAAUCACUCACUCGCCACGCCACGGCUAGAGCACGCCACGGUCAUGUACGCCUUCUAA